AUGAGCCUUAAUUUAGAGUCACCGCUUAACACCAUUCACAAAAUUUAUAACUCAAGAAAUGAAAUCAUAAAUGGUGAACCAGAUUGGUAUGGGAUUCUACAGCUGCAGACUGCAACGCUUGAGGAAAUAUGUGCUAAUUAUUAUGAGAUACAUGCCAAAGUUGAGGAAGGCAGAAAUAAAUUGGUGGUUGGUGCUGAAGGAGCCCUUAAAAUUUUAACAGAAGCUUUGUGCAUGAUUACACAAACAUUUUGGACCAAGUGUUCCAAUUGCCACUUUCGGUUCUAUUAUUCCAAUGCUAGAAUCAAUAAAGAACUUGUGUGCAUGAAGUGUGGCAAUAUUUUUGUUGCUGUGCCACUCUCUCGUGAUAAUUAUCCUACUCAUUUUGCUGUGUGUCUAGAUACCGUGGUUCUUGCAUUAAGUGCCAAUUCAUCUAACCCUGAAUCUAAAGGUAAGGCCUCUAAUGACCGGGUCAAAGAUCAAGACGAUGCUGAUGCACAAAGCAAAGACUGA